CGGGCCCCGCCCCCAGCCGUGCCGAGCGGGGCCGAGCGGAGCCGAGCAACCCCGAGCGCGGCCGAGCCGAGCCGAGCCGAGCGGCCGGGAGUCGGUUGGUGCAGCUGCGUCCCCGCCGCCCAGCAGUCCGAGGCUCCGGCGUCGCCGCCGCCUCCGCGGGCCCUGCGCCGGCCGCCCGCCCGCCCGCCGGGAGGGAGGCCCGGAGCGCGGGGAGAGCGGCCCGGCCGCGGGCGCCGCCGCCGCCGCUGCCAGGACUGAACUGCAGCUACCGAAGCAACAAGUGGACCUUUCAAGAUGCAUACAGGGCUGCGAGAAAUGAAGGGAGACGCUGGAGAGACCAAUGAAGGGAGGAAGAAGCAUGUUUCCUGGGUUUAAUAGGAAAAACUUGCUUUCUGCAAACAACUGAGAAAACUUUCCUUGGAAACUGUUUCUUUGGUCCAUAUGGAGCAGCUGGAACGUAUUACGCUGUGAGGCCCUUGACGGGACAGGUGCUUACCCCUGGUCAGCCAGUGUGAUUGUCGCCAUGGCUAGCAAGAGGAAGUCCACCACCCCGUGCAUGAUCCCUGUGAAGACCGUGGUGCUACAGGACGCCAGCGCGGAGGCCCAGCCCGCCGAGGCUUUACCGGAAGGACCCCAGCAGGAGCUGCCCCCCGAGGUGCCUGCCAGCAGCAGCGAGGCUGCCCCGACAUCCAGCAGCACUGAUGGCCCCGCCCUGGCCAACGGGCACCGGGGCACGCUGGACGGCUAUUCGUUUUCCUGCAAAUACUGUGAUUUCAGAUCCCAGGACAUAACUCAGUUUGUGGGACAUAUGAACUCAGAGCACGCAGACUUUAAUAAGGAUCCAACUUUUGUAUGCACUGAAUGCAGUUUUCUGGCAAAAACUCCUGAGGGCCUUUCUCUGCACAAUGCCAAGUGUCACUCGGGAGAAGCCAGCUUUGUGUGGAAUGUGGCCAAGCCAGACAAUCACGUGGUUGUGGAGCAGAGCGUCCCCGAGAGCACCUGUGCUCCUGACGCACCGAGUGAGCCCAUCGCUGAAGGGACUGACGGACAGGCCGAAAUCAUCAUUACCAAAACUCCAAUCAUGAAGAUAAUGAAAGGCAAAGCUGAAGCCAAAAAAAUUCAUACGCUCAAGGAGAACAUGUCCAGUCAGCCUGUGGGUGACACGGCCUUACCAAACCCACCAGCGGGGGAGACCGAGGCGAAGGAGGGGGACCACCCCUUUGUCAAUGGGGCAGUCCCGGUCAAUCAGCCGGCCCCCAGCUCGGCCAAAGGGCCACAUGCAGCCAACGGGCCCCUGCUGGGAGCGGUGCCGGUUCUGCCGGCCGGCAUAGCGCAGUUCCUCCCCCUGCAGCAGCCGCCCCCCGUGCACGCCCAGCACCACGGGCACCAGCCGCUGCCCACGUCCAAGUCCCUCCCCAAGGUGAUGAUUCCCCUGAGCAGCAUUCCCACCUACAAUGCGGCCAUGGACUCCAACAGCUUUCUGAAGAACUCGUUCCAUAAGUUCCCCUACCCGACCAAAGCGGAGCUCUGCUAUCUGACCGUGGUCACCAAGUACCCGGAAGAGCAGCUCAAGAUCUGGUUCACAGCCCAGAGGCUGAAGCAGGGCAUCAGCUGGUCCCCCGAGGAGAUUGAGGAUGCCCGGAAGAAGAUGUUCAACACGGUCAUUCAGUCCGUUCCCCAGCCCACGAUCACCGUCCUCAACACGCCCCUGGUCGCCAACGCCGGCGGCGUCCAGCACCUCAUCCAGGCUGCCCUCCCGGGUCACGUGGUGGGGCAGCCGGAGGGCACAGCGGGCGGCUUGCUGGUCACGCAGCCGCUGAUGGCCAACGGGCUACAGGCGCCCAGCUCGUCCCUGCCGCCCGCCGUCACGUCGGUGCCCAAGCAGCCCCCCGCGGCGCCCAUCAACACGGUGUGCUCCAACACGGCGUCGGCGGUGAAGGUGGUCAACGCGGCCCAGUCGCUGCUCACGGCGUGCCCCAGCAUCACCUCGCAAGCCUUCCUGGACGCCAGCAUCUACAAGAACAAGAAGUCUCACGAGCAGCUGUCCGCCCUGAAGGGAAGCUUCUGUCGGAAUCAGUUCCCAGGGCAGAGCGAGGUGGAGCACCUGACCAAAGUGACCGGCCUCAGCACCAGGGAGGUGCGCAAGUGGUUCAGCGACCGCAGGUACCACUGCCGGAACCUGAAGGGCUCCAGGGCCGUGCUGCCCGGCGACCCUGGUGCCAUCGUCAUUGACCCUGGGCCCGAGGCGCCCUUCUCUCCGGCGGUGGCCAAGGCCCCCGAGGGGCCCUGCGUCCCGCCAGCCGCCACCCUGGCAGCACCCCCUUCCGCCAGACGCCAGGCCUGGCACCAGACCCCCGAUUUCACCCCAACCAAGUACAAGGAGCGAGCCCCAGAGCAGCUCAGAGCCCUGGAGAGCAGUUUUGCACAAAACCCCCUUCCCCCUGAUGAGGAGCUGGACCGCCUGAGGACUGAAACCAAGAUGACCCGGAGAGAGAUCGACAGCUGGUUCUCGGAGAGGCGGAAGAGAGUGAGCGCCGAGGACCCCAGGAGGGCCGACGAGGGCCCCAGCCCGGAUGAGGAGGCGGUGGCGGCUGCUGAGGACGAGGCGGGAGAAGGGGAGCUGGUGGGGGACCUGAGGGUCCCCGGCGAAGACGGCUCCCUGGAAGGGCUUGGCAGCCACUCCCUGGCAGAGCGCAAGGUCAGCCCCAUCAAAAUCAACCUCAAGAACCUGCGGGUCACGGAGGCCAACGGCAGGAGCGAGCUCCCGGGGCCAGGUGCCUGCGAGCCUGAAGAGGAUGGGCCCGGCAAGCCCGCCGAGCAGCCCCCCGGUAAGGCGAGCUGCAAGAAGACGGCCCAGCAGCGGCACCUGCUGCGCCAGCUCUUCGUGCAGACGCGGUGGCCCAGCACCCAGGACUAUGACGCCAUCACGGCCCAGACCGGCCUGCCGAGGCCUGAGGUGGUGCGCUGGUUCGGGGACAGCAGGUACGCCCUGAAGAACGGCCAGCUCAAGUGGUACGAAGACUAUAAGCGCGGCAAUUUCCCUCCAGGGCUGCUGGUCAUCGCCCCUGGCAACCGGGAGCUGCUGCAGGACUACUACGGGACGCACAAGACGCUGCGGGAGGAGGACCUGCAGAGCCUCUGUGACCAGACCCAGAUGAGCUCCCAGCAGGUCAAGCAGUGGUUUGCAGAGAAGAUGGGCGAGGACACCCGGGCUGUGGCGGACACGGGCAGCGAGGACCAGGGCGCCCGUGAGCCUGCAGCCAUGCACAAAGGGACGGGCGACGCGUAUGCGGAGGUGUCGGAAAACAGUGAGUCGUGGGAGCCCGGCGCCCCUGAGACCAGCUCGGAGCCCUUUGACACCCGGAGUCCCCAGGCUGGACUUCAGCUGGAAACAGACUGAAUGGGAACUGCUCACUCUGAAGGACUGGCCCGUCCGGGACGCCGCCUGCCACGGGGGAAGGGCUCACCCCGCCUCCGCGGCCUCACGCCGCUCCCAUGCCCGCCGCCGCCGGGCUAGCCCGGAGCUUCUGGAGGCCUCGCCGCCUGCCCAGAGCCUGCCGCCACCGCCCAGUGCGCCCGGGGAGAGCAGAGCGCUUGUCAGUCCUUCCUCGCACCAUGUAGGACCUUUCCUUUGCCUUCCAGUGGAUAAAGUAGUUCAGAGUUUAUAUUCAUAGACACGGAAUCAAGUUUUUAACCUAUAAAUCCGCCUAUCCACAUUUAAUAAAACAUCCGAUUACGAACGCUUUCGUCACGUAGAAAGCUGGGUUAGCCAGCAGCGCGGUGUCUCCCGUCAUCUCUGCGGACGCCCUGGGUCUGCGCUCUGCAGGCGCGGAGGCCGCGCGUCCCCUGCACGCGCAGAGCAGAGCCGGCGGAAGCCCUGGGUGUCCCCGCGCUCCUCAGGAAGGCGGCGUCCGCCCACGAGGCUGCCCGAGGGGGCCUUGCCCUGCCCUGCCCUGCCCUGCCCUGCCCUGGGGGCGACGCGGCGGGCGCAGGCCACCGGCUAGUGCUCGCUCCCGGGCUCGGAAGCCGUUCCAGCCACACUGCUUGUUCGUGAGAGUUUGAAUCAUGGACCAGAACUUUUCAGUUAUCAGAUCAAGUUCUUGAAGCAUUUGUUGUCAAGUCCGAUGUACUGACAGCUGUGCCCACAUUUUUACUGUUGUUUUUCAGUCUAGAUGUUCUGAGAGGGAGAGGAAGACUGAGGAAAGGAGCAGGCAGGGCCGAACGCAGAAGUGCAUGGCCCCAGCGUGCGGCUCUGGCUGCUGUGGUUGGCGGAGCCCUUGACCCCCACUCCCUUCAAGGCCGCCAGCGGUCUGGGAAGGAAGACCCGCGCUCGGCUGGGAGUAAGAGCGAACGCUCUGGGAUCUGGGGAGCCAGGAGCUGUCAGAGCGGGGGUGGUCCUCAGCACGGAGACCUGCAGAUGGGGGGUCCUGGCCGGACACCCAGGGUGCUCAUGGCCCCCCGUGCCGAGAGCCUGGCUGUGUGCUGGACAUCAUUGGACAGGCCCUUGUGAGGAUUUUUCUUAAGUUCUGCAUUUAUAUUCCCAGAUUUGGAAGUAAGAUCUUCUUUAGCCUAAUUCUCAAACCAUUUUUUUAAUUGAGAAAAAUCACAGGAAAAGGUGCUUUUGAAACACUGGGCAACUUGCUUACAAAGCUGUACUACUUGGUAAAUCGCUAUUUCCCCAAAACUGGCUGUUCUGAGAGCAGCGGGCGAUAUCCCCGACAGCUCUACUCACCUGCCAGAGACCACCUGCUUCCCUAAGCCUGUGAGCUUCCCCAAGGCCCUGUGAGUAUGCUCCUCCUGGGCCCAGAAUGGGGGCAGCACAAAGCGGCCCCAGAGACAGAGGGCAGGGGCUUCAGGCGCGACAGGCCGGCGGGAGGGUAGGCGCGGUCUUUCUCCCUGACUCUGCCCAGAACUGAAUGGGGUGUGGCCCCUUGCUGGCUUGGCUCCAAGGACGAAGAUGGUGGUGGCACCUUCUGCCUUCCAGGAGACGGCUUUCUCCGGACACCAGAAGCCCUUGAGCCCCUGCUCUUCUAAAGCGUCUUCUCCCGCUCUCCCAGGCCCAGUAGGGACCACCUCUGAGUUGUUUCAAACAUGAUGUAUGAGUACUUGGCAAGUUCCGCACCGUGUUUGUGUCCUUUUCAUUUGAGUGUGAAGCUCUUUAGCCCCAAAGACCUUGUGGCAGAAUUGCCCGUGGUGAGUGAUUGCCUUCCUUCAGAGAACAGACACCUGGAAUUUUUCCUUUAGGGUUUAUGUACGGUUUUUGUACAUGCAGAUUAAUUUAUAUAUACACAUAGAUAUAGUACAGAUGCUCAUUCGAUACUUGUAAAACGUCCACCUGAAGUAUAUACCUGAGGGAGCUCCCGGCACGUGGCUGCUGGGGAAAGGAGCCUGUGUUGGAGGGAAUGCCAGGCCCAAGGUGCCACUGCGGCGGCCCAGCCGGAAACCAUCUGAGUGUUGGCGACACCGGCCUGCCAGCCUCGCUCUGAGCCCCCCACUGGCUAGAGGGCUUUAAAGAGAAUUUUCUCAGUUAUUUAACUAGUGUUCAUAUUUCAUUUACAACCCAAACAGCAACACAAAAAAUAAAUUUCGUGGUGGACAAGUUCAUGCAGGACAUAGCGACCAGACGCAGCACCAGCCUGUCUCUGGAAGGUGGAGAAGCUGCAGGCCUACCCGCCUGGGCGUGUGCUCCUCACAGCUCUUAGCCCUGCCCAUGAAUGGCAAGACGGCCCAGGUAAGGCCCCCAGCAGCCUAGAGAGGCCCACCGCCUUGCUCUGGGCUUGGACCGGAGCAAAUAGUGGGUUGGAGCCUCACGGUCGCAAGAAUCACGGUCACCGGUGAUGGCAAGUGAGACGGCUGAUCAGCGAGCCGGUGCCCAGGGCUCUGGGAGCUCAGGGAAUAAUGCUCACCUGGCACGGAGACCCACGCAGGCCUGGAGGGUGGUGGCAGAGCCUUGAGGGGAGUGUGGGACCUCAGCAGGCAGCCCUGUGUCCUGUCACAGGACAGGUCACCGUGGUUUUGCAUGCUGUCGAAGCCUGUCUGUGAUGUCGCCUCUGGCAGAAGGCGGUCUGUGGGCUGCAGAGUUGAGACAUGGGGUUAGUCCCCCCUGAAGAAAAGCCUGUUGUAUACGGUGACUCCUCUUUCUCCUCUGUAUGCACGUGGCCUCGUCACAGAUAGUAAACAUUUCAGUGUUUCUUGUC